AUGAAGAUCACGCAUUUGAUACAAGCGGCAGUGGCCGUCGCAGGAACAACUCAAUCUUUUGCAGCAGACACGACAUCGAGUGGCGGCUACAUGGCUCCGUUCUCGACUGAUGAACCUUCCGAUCUCUUCCAGCGUUACGACACCCUCACCGAGCUAGCGCCGAUCAUCAACGUAGCUUCCGACUUGCUCACUAAGCCGAUUCCCACCAACAAGUGGUGGGGAAACCUCAUCCACACCACCAAACAAGACAUCAACACGGUGGCCAACCCUGCCUGGUCCAACCCGUACGCUCUCAAGCUACCCAAGCAAGCACCCUUUGGUCUCCAGGCCUGCUACUCGUACACAUACCGUAGCAUGGCCAAUGAGGUGAACGGUGUCGUCAAGUACUACUUGCAUGCGUUCCGCAAUGAUCUAACGCUAUCGGCGACCGAGUUUUCGUCAAAACCUGACUACGAAAUCUAUUCGUUCAGCGACAUGGGUGCCAGUCUUCGUACUUGUGCGUCAGGAAGUGACAACUGCAUGGAUUCGUCUCUUGUAAACGGUAUGGCGUUCGUCUCCGCCACGUACUCCGGUCUCACCGCCAGCAUUGUGUCCGAAUACGCAAUGACCAUCGUAGACGACUCGACUGCGGGCAAGUACGUCAUUCAACUGGCAAACAGCCAGACGUGGGUUGUUUAUUCUAGCGACCCCAGUGCAUCCUUCUCGAUUGACAGCACAGGCUCUGCUCUUGUGUCUAACGCACCGUACACCGGCACGCUUCGAGUGGCGAUUCUUCCUGACAGCAACGAGCAGAGUGUGUACGAUGACUACGCGUCCUGUAUCAUCCACGGUGGUAAUGUGUCUAUGGAGUCCCGCACCUCCUAUACGUUGCAGUGGGAAACUGAGGGCAGUGGAUGUGAUAGCACGGGUCUUCUUCACUUUGCUCUGCCUCAUCAAGUGGAAGUCAUGGACAACGCCAUCACCGCACAGUCAAGCGACGCCAUUGUCCUGCACUCGUCCACCCGCGGUCAGAUGGUGGGCCAAGUGUCGACGUCCGGGAGCUGGACGCUGACGGAGAGCGAGGCGGACGAAGAGGUGGAUUUUUACCCGGCUAGCAGACGGUCUGUGGACGUGGUCUCGAAGAUUAAGCUGCUGCCGACUCUGCAGAGCGACAUCGAUAGCGACUGGAGCUUCAGCACAGGCAGCUGGUACUUUAAUGGCAAGGCGUACCAGAAGUACGCAUCGCUCUGCUUGAUGGCCGCUGACAGCGCUGUUGUGGGCGAUGACACUACACUGUUGAGCACCUGUCUGACGAAGCUUGAGAAACUACUUGAGCCGUUCCUUAGCAACACUCUUAGCUCGCCUCUCGCGUAUGAGACCGCCUACAAGGGCAUCGUCACCAGCCAGGUCUUCACCGCCAACAACAUCGAUGUGGAUUUCGGCAAUGGGAUCUACAAUGACCACCACUAUCACUACGGCUACUGGAUCACGGCGUCGGCUAUUCUGAAAAAACUAGAUCCGACGUGGUCGGGGAUGCCGCAACUAGAGACGAUGGUAUGGACGAUCCUUCGCGAUGUUGCCAACCCAAGCGCGGAUGACCAAUACUUCCCUACGUUCCGCCACUUCUCUUGGUAUUUGGGUCAUUCGUACUCGCACGGUGUGACCCCCAUGGCUGAUGGCAAGGACGAGGAGAGCACAUCGGAGGACCUCAACUUCUUCUACGGCAUGAAAUUGUGGGGACAGGUUUCAGAAAACAAGGCGGUGGAAGACCUGGGGAGUCUCAUGUUGCGCCUCAAUGCUCGCGCUGUCCGAACCUAUUUCCUCAUGACAUCAGACAACACGAUCCACCCGCCUCAGUUCGUUCCCAACCACGUCACGGGCAUUUUUUUCGACAACAAGGCUGACUACGCGACGUGGUUCAGCGCCGAAAAGUAUUGCAUCCAUGGUAUUCAAAUGAUCCCUGUUUCGCCUAUCAACGGAGGCGAUUGUUACGGGCAGUGA